AAAAAGGAUAAUCCAGGAAUUUUUCACCUUUUCAUCAGAUCUGGAGGAGGAAAAAACUCGAAAGAUUUGCUAAUUGAAGCACAUUAAUAAACAAUGCUUUUGGGCAGGUUACCCGCUUUCUCAAUAUACCUCCACUGCCCCUACAGAAUACACGAUCUUUUCAUCCUAAAAUAAUAAGCCUAUCGAUGGGAGUCCAAGAACACAGUACCAUAUAUUUUCUUGUUUGUCUCCCGUUACUCGUGCAUUCUCUAAAGCAAGAGGCUGUUAAAGCCCUGGACGCAUUUCAAAAGGAUUGUCUCGAUGCACACAACACCUAUCGGGCCCAACAUGGAGUCCCACCGCUAGUCUGGUCAGAGGAACUUGCUCAGCAUGCUCAAAACUGGGCUGACCAGCUGGCAUCACGUGACGAAGUAAAACACGACUUGGUGGCCAUGAACAAACACGAUGAAGGUGAAAACCUUGCUUUCUUUCACCCUGCUGUCCCCAAAUGCCAAGGCUCCAUGGAAGGAAACUGUGUUCUCUGCCGCGAGAUGAUAAAACGAUGGUACGACGAAGUUAAGAACUACGACUAUGACAAUGGUCACAGUAAGAACCCUGACGGAAUCACCAAACACUUCACUCAGAUUAUCUGGGCCAACACGUCCGAGGUGGGGAUUGGUACCUCUGUUAGUAAGAAAUAUGGCUUCAUCACGGUGGCGCGCUACAGGCCAGGAGGAAACAGGGGAGGAACGAAUGCCUUUGUGGUCAAUGUUCCCCCGGAAGGAGGUCCUUUGCCAUCACUUUCCAAUUAUUCGCCGAAAGUGAAACCAAAGUCUACCCCUUCUACUACACCCACGGGUAAUGGCAUCCCUGUCACCAGUCCCGACUCAAGUAAACCACCUCAAGGAACCCAAGGAAGUUCAGUUAUUAAAACGCUGACUGAUACAAAUGCUGUGUCCAAUAAAAAAGAGGUGCCUAACACACUAACAGGAUCACUGGAUGGAUCAGCCAUUGAAAAGAUCCAAACCAAUCCCAUGGGAUACGGGAUGAAUGAUGAAGUCGAAAACAAAGCUCCAAAAAAGUCGGCGGCCAACUUGUUAUCUAUGAUUGUGGAUUUAGCGAACAAAACAAAACCAGCAAACAACGACAACAUUUUAAACAAAGGGGCAACAGAAGGGAAUCAAAACCAAGAUGGACCACAAACACUUAACUCGGCAGGAAAACCUGGACAAAAUGGCCAGGAAGGGAGCAGCUUAGAGACUAUUAAAAAGGACUUCAGCUAUGAGAAUGCAGACAGUAUGUACAGCGUUAGCAAUCAUGAUAGUGUUGAAGGUAAUGGCGGGAAGCAUGGAAUAGAUUCUUCAAAGACCAUUGGUAUUGCGGGCUCGCUUGGUAAUGGUGACCAUGGCAACGUUGCGGGCAUAACUAAAGCACAGCAACCCCACGACAAUUAUCAAGGUCAAGAGACAAAUUCACCAGUUCCAAAAAAUGGACAAGUUGAUGACAAUAAGGAAAAGAGUAGCAGCGAAGGUAGAACAGAGGGGAAUAAAAGUAACAUGAAUGAUAACACUCCGAUAAACAAAGAACAGAAUGAUAGACUAAAUAUCCACACAGAUACCGGGCUGAUGGCCGGCGAUAAUGAUAUCCAGAAGGACCUCAAGAGUAAGGGCCUUGUGCGCACGGUUAAGGGACCUGAUGGUACGAAUGCUCAAGUGUUCCUUACCAAGAAUGGUGCCCAUGCUGGACUGGUGUUCAGGGACCAUAUAUCAAGAGUUUCUCAAGAACUCAAACAGCGUGAGUUUGUCAAAAAUCGAGUCAUCAACGUCCUGUAGAGUUUCACUUCAAAUAAACUAGAAAAAAAUCUACAAGACUAACCUCAAGGACUGGUAUAAGCUUCUAGAAACCGCUAAUAGCUUAAACAAGAGAGUCUGUAGAUUACAGCUUGCAAGAUCAUGAUUAAGGAGAAUCAACUGUUGCAUGCUUGAACAAUUUCCUUUGCGAUCUCUGACCUAGAACUAGAGCUACGCCAAGAAGACGACGUGCAAUGCUACUAAGAGAAGUGAAAGGUUUUACGAUAAUGAUUUUGGGUAUUUUAAGGAACCAAAUCAUAGCUGGGCGCUAUAUAGGCACUGGUACAGCUUCAAGGGAUCGUUAAUAACACUGUAAAUAAAUUAUAGGUAAUUAAAGUAAGUAAAAAACAAAAACAAAAACAAAAAAAAACACUGAGAAGGUUUAAUUCCGAAAAAGUGAACACAUUAAAGAAAAUAUAACGUUUCGCAAGAAGGAAAUUUUUUUAUUACUAGAAUUGGUGGUGCAGAACAGAACGGGUUGGGCAAAUGAUGUGACGGCCUUGUGCGCCUCGCUUCUCACAUGAAGAGUGAUGGUGAUGAUUAAACGCUACGAUUAACGCCAA